AUGGCUGAUCCACGUCUGUUUGUCAAUCGGCCUUGUGUCUAUGAGCGCCAGCUUCCCGGUGGUGCGUACAUAACGGCGCACGUUGAACGUUUGCAGCAUGGCUUUUACUCGAGCGCUUCAGUUGCGGAUAUGGAUGCGGAGAACGUUGAUUUCUUAGCAAUCAAUUUUGUUUUCCACCCAUCUCAUACCCUUUCCCACCGUUUCAAAAGCGCUACCAUCCGGGCUUCGGUACGCGGAAGCCAAGAGAUGCGCACCUCUGAGAUGCUUCCCCAUGGCAAUCCCCGCUUCCUAAUGCAUGCGCCUCACCUUAUCUUUGGAACUGUUUCCCCCGAGAACAUGCAGUGGUCCUUCAGCCUCGCUGGCUCUCUUGGAAUUUCCGAAGCCCCGGUUACCGCCAGCCUUAUCCCAUCCGGCAGCUUGAGCAGACAUUUUCGCCGCUAUGAGAUGAUGCGUAUUCAAGGCUCCUCUCGCACCCUGAAGAGCGCCCUCGGUCCUGAGUACGAUGUUGAGUCCGGUGAGAUUGUCUGGUCUCUCGAGGAGAACACCCUCCAGCGGUCUGGUCUUCCUCGUGAAUUCACUUUCGUCAUGCUUGUCCACAAGCCAACUGCCGAUGCAGACAUCAAGCUGAACCUUGACAUCAACCCUGUUCUCGACGCGUGGUUCGGCAGUUACCCGAAGAUGCUUCUUUCGCUGGCGAAAUACCAACCCCAGGAUCGCCGAGGAGUCAAUUUCCGUCGAGAGGUUGGUCAGAGGUUUGAGCCCGUGGACAAGGCUGGGGGAUUCAACUUUGCUGCCCUGGAGAGCUCGUUCGAUCACUAUAUCGCCAUGCCAGGAAGAAAGUUCACGCGAUCGGUGACGAUCCCUUCAGAUAAUUCAGCAUCCCAGAAUAACAGCCUCGCGGGAAACAACAAUAACACCAACAACAACUUCCAACAGGGCUUGAACACUCAGUACGGCAAUGGGCAAUACGCAAGUGGCGGAUAUAACCACUGGAACCCCACGCAGCAGCUAGGAAACGGCUUGUUCUCGGUCCGCCAAAACCUCGAGGUCGGACUUACUCCGUCGAGGGUGCGCUCGAACCAGACAAAUAGAACCCAGAUUGAGCCGACUGCCAGCACCAUCAACACCGGGACAUCAAGUGUCGUGCCUGCUCAAAGGCCCAACCCUCCGUUACGCUCAACCGUGGAAGCCUACUCCGCGACCAGCCCCCGUCUCCUUCGUCGUGUCCGAAAACUGUACAACCUACAUACCCUUCGGUCCCCACCUGCGGCUCACCCUGCCUUUGGCCAUGAUGUGGAUGAUGUAUAUUUCGUUGUCGCUCAUCUCGAAUCGCUGGACAGGGACCGGGCAGGUGUGAUUGGGGGGAAGGUGUAUGAGGAGGAGGAGGUGUUCGAGAUGAGCAGUGCUCCCCGUCGGCAGCGUUCUGCCUCGCUCUCGGAGGCGCACAGUAUGCCGGUUGGCUGGCUUACCGACCGAAAUCUGGAAGAAUUUGUUCCAGACUGGCCCUUCCUGCGGGGAUAA